AUGUCCGAGUCAAGCCACACACCAAUACAUCUCAAUCUGAAUGUCUCUAGUGAUAGUGACGUAUCAUCGGCGUCACGUAUGCGCCCGCGAUGCAAUAAGUGGCAAGCCAACUAUGUCCUGGGUGACUCUGGCAGUGGUAUCGCAGAUUUGUACAAUGUGGUCGACGCUAUUGGCUCAAUGACCAUCAACGAUGUUGAUGAUCUUGAAGCCAACCUCAUCAUGGACCUUGCAAGGGCCUGA